GAAUAGCUGAAUGUCCUGUCAAAAUGGCUAAAAAGGGCCAAGUUCAGUUGCAGACUGAAGUAACGAAUGAGGAUGAAUGGGAGAAACUUUUACAGAAAGAAGGGCUCAUCCUUGUCGAUGUUUACUCGGAGUGGUGCGGCCCAUGUCAGGGAAUGGCGGCCAAUUUGAAAAAAAUUAAACUAGAAAUCGGUGGAGACAUGCUCCAUUUAGCGACAGCCAAAAGUGACUACAUCGAAGAUCUCAAAAGGUUCAGAAACAGAAGUGAGCCGACAUGGAUGUUCAUAUCUAAUAAAAAGAUGGUCAAUCUCAUGUUUGGAGCGGAUGCUCCAAAACUGACGCGUCUUCUAAUAGAAGAACUGAAACUGCAAACCUUGGCAGCAAACGGCGAACAAGAGCGAUCUGCAGUGAUGAAGAUCACUGACCUAGCAGAAGAGGAACAGGUCCGGCACGAAGCUGCCGAGAACAUCGCCAGAGCGGCGAAGGAAAAAGAAGAAGCCAAAAAGGCGAAAGAACUACUCGAGAGAAAAACAUUAGAAUGCACGAAUAUACUGCACCAUCUUCCCAACACGGGAGUUAUUUUGAUUUUUCCUCAUGCAAGAGAUAAAUAUCAAGAGGUACUUCUUGAUUUGCUAAGCGAAGCCAGUUUGGCCAUUCAACACACGGAAAAGAUAAACAUUACGGAAGAAAUACUAGAUGAAUUGUUUUAUUUUGUGCAAGAAAUAGAUAACAUAGAUGAGGCAUCCAUCAAAGAACUCCUCGAAAGACCCAGCCUUGGUUUGCUCAUACAUACAUCUCAUGGAAUAGAAGUAGCCAACAUGGACGAUGUAAUUCUUACCAUAGUCUACGGUCCGAUGAAGAAAUCACCAGGUAGUCCAGAUUCUCCCGCUCAGGUUCUUAGAGGUACCAUUGACGACGAAGAUGGGAAAGCACAUGAAGUACUAGGAAUCUGGACGCCACAUAGCGAUUUGGUAAAAGCCACAUUUCAGAGACUAUUCUUCAAUAAAAUAACAGCCGAUUAUCUCAUUCCUGAGCCUGAACCUGUUCCCGAUCAUUUCGCCGUGGUCUUCGAUAUGUCCAAAGCUAAUAACGCUCUUCAAAUAGCUCACAAGUAUCCAGAGGAAAUUUUACGAUACGGAUAUUUCACUAGCGAGGUGCCUGAGGAGGCUGAAUUAGUGGCCAAAACACCCCGAAGGCUCGAACAUUGCGAAAACAGGACUUUCAAGGAGAAGUUCGUUCUCGAGGUUACUAAAAGAAGGAGUGAGUGUGUCUUCGAAUUCGCCCAGCUCGGGCCGGUUUAUAUGUCUCCAAAUGCGCAAGAAGGAAAACGGGAAUGUCAGAUAUUCUUCCCUGACGAUUACAGCGAUUCCAUUAAUGAGGAAGAGGAAGAGGUCGAUUUUGAGGCAACCGAAACGAAAGAAGAAGAAGUACAGCAACAGGAGGAAGAAGCCGAAGAGGAGGAGGAAGAAGAGGAAGAAGAAGAAGAAGGCUCUGAAGAUGAAGAAGAAGAGGAAGACACGAAUGAUGUGCAAAUGGCAGAUUUAUUCGAUUUUUGAAUUUUUGUGCCUAAUUGCCCCUAAAAGAUAUUUAUCGCCUGUGAUAUUUCUUAAUAUAUCUAU